AUGUUCGCUAGUAAGCGCUUGAGCAAGGAGCUCCUGAAGAUGCAAGACCACGUCCCACCAGGAAUCUCGAUCGCCAAAUCCGAUAAUCUGGAAGAAUGGCAGAUGGACAUCAAAGUGCUCGACGACAACCCAAUCUACAAAGGCGACACCUAUCGGUUGAAGUUUACUUUUUCGAACAAAUACCCGAUCGAACCACCAGAGGUCCAAUUCAUCGAACUACCAACUACCUCCGAUACACCCCGCCCAAUCCCCAUGCACCCCCACAUCUACAGCAACGGUAUCAUCUGUCUCGACCUCCUCAGUUCCUCCGGCUGGUCCCCCGUUCAAACCGUCGAAAGCGUCUGCAUGAGUAUUCAGAGCAUGUUGACUGCAAACUCGCGGAAUGAGCGGCCCCCCGGUGACAGCGAGUUUGUGGCUUAUAAUCGGAGGCGGAUUCGAGAUAUUCCCUUCGUUUAUGAGGAUGAUAAUGUUUGA